AUGGAUAUUUAUGCAAUCCCAAUUGAUGAAAUAGAUAAACCUAUUAAUCAAGUUUUUCCAUUGAUCGAAGAACGAAAAUUAAUUUGUUAUUGCGAUGGUAGUUAUUCUCAUUAUAUGCAAAUAGGUCACUUUGGAUUUCGAGCUUCUAAUGGAGCGCAUAGAAUUCGUUUUUUUUCUCCUCGUGAUCCAAAAACUGGUAGUACUGAUACAGAAGUUCUUGCUGCAUGUCUCGCCAUUCAGUAUGCAUUAGAAAAGCAUUACAAUAGAUUGAUUAUCUAUACUGAUAAUUCUAAAGUAGAACAACUUCUCAAACGUCCUAGAAAGAAAGACAUUAUUAAUUAUUCUAAUACUUGUCAAAUUCUUAA